UAUUAAAUAAAAAACAAAAGACAUAAUUAUAAUUGUUCAAGACCUUUUUUUCGUUUGGAGUCAUACUAAAGAAAAAAUUUUUAAUAAACUAUUAAAAAAAAACACAAUAAAUUUAGAACACCCUGUCAGGGAAGUUAUUUUGCGGCUCAAUACAAAACUUCAGUGUGAUGCUAUAGAAUUUUUUAUACGGGAUAAAUUACAAAUAAAUUAUUUAUAACAAAAAUAGAUAAGAUCAAGUUGGCUGUGCAGUUUUACCUCGAACUACAGUAUAUAGCUAAAUUAAAUUUAGUUAAUGUAAGAUGGUUUUAUUAAUACCAAAUGAGUUGUGAAUGACUUCUGAAAUGAGUUUUGAAAUGGAUUCCGAAAAGGACGUUCAACAUCCAGUUAUCCUCUUAAUGGGAAAAACAGGGGCAGGGAAAAGCGCUCUCGGUAACCUGCUUCUUGGGCAUACUGAAUUUGAAGUUUCAGACGGAUUUAAUUCGAAAACGAAAAAAUGUUGCGUAAAAACGUUGUCAAUUAAAGGCAAUACGUAUGAUAUUGUUGACACACCUGGAGUUUUUGACACUAGUCAAGAUGACUCUCUUAAAGAAAUUGCAAAAUUCGUCCAUAAAUGCGCUUAUGGGAUCAAGGCAAUCCUUUUUGUUUUAAAGAAGGAAAGGUUCACUGAUGAACAAAGGAAUACUUUGAAAGAAAUAGGAACGUUUCUUGGAAAAGAUGCAACAAAUAAUAUCAUUGUUGUAUUUUCUCACGCAAGUCCAGAUCAGAUUAAGUGUAAAGACAAAAUGAGAAUGGCUUGGAGUGAUGUACCACUUUUUAGUUCUUUUAUUCAAGAUAUUGAAUUCCGGUGGAGUGUCUCUCCAGAUCCCCAUCAUCUUGAUGAUGACAGACAAAUCAGUGAAGAACGAUUAAUGGAGAUCAAGACUUUUAUUAGCAAUAUACGGGAAAUUUACACCACUCGACAACUUGAAGAAAAUUUGGAAAGACAAAAGGAAGCGAAGCGCCUAAAAGAAGAGGAAGAAAGAAGAAGGAGAGAAGAAGAGCGGAGAGAAAAGGAACUAACAAUUUUUGAAAUGGUAGCGGUUGGAGCGUCAAUCGGAACAGAAGCUCAGCCAGGACUAGGAACAGUAGUGGGUGGCGUUAUCGGUCUUUCGUUUGGCCUUGGGCGUGCAAUUAAGAGAAAAUUGUAGCAUUGUCCGUUGUUAUUAGUUAUUAUUAUCAAUAU